GCAGGAGCAUGCGCGCUGUGGGCGCUGACUCGGGACAGCAGGAGCCGGCCGCUGCAGAGGGGCUGGAGGCGGUGGGCGCGGUGGCUCGGAGCGAGCUACGCUGCAGGUGUCCGGCCGCGUGGGAAGGGAGCCGCAGCAGCCGCCGCCUCCGCACGGAAGGAACCUCGGCUGCGACUGACCCCUCCUCACUUUUGGAAAUGGCGGGCGAAAUCACAGAAACCGGGGAGCUUUAUUCUCCCUACGUCGGAUUGGUGUACAUGUUUAACCUCAUCGUGGGCACUGGCGCCCUCACCAUGCCCAAGGCCUUUGCCACCGCUGGGUGGCUUGUCAGCCUGGUCCUGCUGGUGUUCCUGGGCUUCAUGAGCUUUGUGACGACUACCUUUGUGAUGGAGGCCAUGGCAGCAGCCAACGCUCAGCUCCGCUGGAAGAGGAUGGAAAACCACCAGGAGGAGGAAGAAGAUGACUCCUCCUCCGUCUCUGACAACGAUGUUCUUACCCAGGACAACUACGAGCAGGCAGAGAGACGGCCCAUCCUGUCUGUGCAGAGACGUGGAUCUCCGAACCUUUUUGAAAUCACAGACCGCGUGGAAAUGGGACAGAUGGCUUCCAUGUUCUUCAGUAAAGUGGGCGUCAACCUGUUCUAUUUCUGCAUCAUCAUUUACCUGUAUGGGGACCUGGCCAUCUAUGCUGCCGCUGUACCCUUCUCCCUCAUGCAGGUGACCUGCAGUGCCACCGGCAAUGACUCCUGUGGUGUAGAGGCCAACACCAAGUACAACGACACGGACCAGUGCUGGGGGCCCCUGCGCCGCGUGGACGCCUACCGCAUUUACUUGGCUGUCUUCACUCUCUUCCUCGGGCCCUUCACCUUCUUUGAUGUUCAGAAGACCAAGUACCUGCAGCUCCUGACCUCGCUGAUGAGAUGGGCUGCCUUCGCCAUCAUGAUUGUGCUGGCCCUGGUGCGCAUCGGGCACGGGCAGGGGGAGGGCCAGCCACCCCUGGCCAACCUCUCGGGGGUCCGGAACCUGUUCGGGGUGUGCGUCUACUCCUUCAUGUGCCAGCACUCGCUGCCAUCCCUCAUCACCCCUGUCUCCUCCAAGCGCUGCCUCACGUGCCUGGUCUCCCUGGACUACAUGCUGAUCCUGGCCUUUUACGGCCUCCUGUCUUUCACCGCCAUCUUCUGCUUCCGCGGCGACAGCCUGCUGGACAUGUACACCCUCAACUUCGCGCGCUGUGACAUCGUGGGCCUGGCCCCCGUGCGCCUCUUCCUGGGCCUCUUCCCCGUCUUCACCAUCAGCACCAACUUCCCCAUCAUCGCCGUGACCCUCCGCAACAACUGGAAGACCCUCUUCCACCGCGAGGGGGGCACCUACCCCUGGGUAGUGGACCGCGUGGUGUUCCCCAUCAUCACCCUGGUGCCUCCCGUGCUGGUGGCCUUCUGCACCCAUGACCUGGAAUCCCUGGUGGGCAUCACGGGGGCCUACGCAGGCACAGGCAUCCAAUAUGUCAUCCCCGCCUUCCUGGUGUACCUCUGCCGCAAGGACACCGAGCUGGCCUUCGGCUACGGGACUGUCAACAAGCACAGAUCCCCUUUCCACCACACCUUCUGGGUGGGUUUUGUGCUGUUCUGGGCUUUCUCCUGCUUCUUCUUCGUCACUGCCAACAUCGUCCUCAGCGAGUCCAAGGUCUGAUGGCAGAAUGGGUCUGGUGACAAGAGGAGUGGGGGGUCCCACCCUGGCCCCACCCCCACCUUCCCACCUGCAGAGCCAAGAUCGAGUUGCCUCCCAGGUCUCCGUGGGGCAGGCGAGGCCAGGCUCAUGGAGGGGACCCUCCAUAUCUCCAGUCUGGUCCCCACUGUCUGUACCUCGCCUCACCUGGGCGGCCCUCCCCACUGGUCCUCCCGCCUGGAGCUGCCCCUCACCAGCCAAGCUGCACAACCCAGGAACGUGUUGCUCCCAGGUUCCAGGACUGGUUACGGCUUUACACCCACCGCCCCACACCUGGGGCGGACCCCUCCCUCCUCCUCCCCCGACUCGGUGGAGACGCAGUGCUGGCGCUGCAGCUAUUUAUACCAGACACCGCGUCCCCCUCCAACUCCCUGCCAGCUCCCUCCCGCGUGCUUGUCUGGGAAAUUGGCUCCACUAGGAGCUGCUGCCCCCUCAAGGCGAAUCCCAGGCCCUACCCUCCUCCUGGCUGAGCCCACCUUCCUGUCAGGCCUGGAGUCACCAGUGCCACUCCCAGGGGAGAGCACAGCCAGCCCCAACGACAAGAACAGGAUGUGCCAGCACCAGGGUUCCUGGGCCAGCGCCUUGGAGACCCUUGCCGCGGGCACCGGCUCCCAUCCUCAUUCUCCUGAGCCCAGGAUGGCUUGGGAGCAGUAGGCCGGAGCAGCCCUGCCGAGCGGCACGACAGCCGGUUUUAAGCCCAGAGCUUGUGAGCCCUGAAAGGAGCCUUUUGCUCUUCUGACUGCCCUUUGGGGUCCUUGGGGCCUCCUGAAGUGCGGAGGGGAGGGGAGGCAGUGCACAAGGGCCACUCGUGGGGAGCUGCCCCCUCCGCCACGGCAUCAGCUUGGGAGCACCGGAGCAUGUCGUGGUGAGCCGCCCCGUGGUUCCCGCCCUGUAAGCGGUCAUGCCUCCCAUGCAGCAGGGGGCUUGGCUGCCUCUGCUCCCACUCCAACACUGAAGGUGGCUUCCUUUCAAGCUGGGCCAUGGGUGCUCAGAGUUCACACUCUCCAUGCCCUUUGGGUGUCACGGGGUGAGACAGGACGCUGGCCGUCAUUCUCAUGGGAGGACGGCCAGGUUCCCAGCCACCUCACCAGCUCUGCCGUAGUCCCUUCCCCAUCACAAGCAUGCAUGCCCCUGCUGGGCCAGCCUUCCUCGGAAACACAGGUGACUCAGACAGACUAUUUUCAAUGUGCCUUCUCCUGCUCUAGGACUCGAGGGUCCUUCCUGACCCUCCCUAGCACGCCCACAGCCCUGGGCCUGGUCCCCACCUGUCCUGGAGCCCAGAGCAGCAUGAGCAGGAGCUGCCUGUCUGGGGUGAGGGCUCAGGCCCCUGCCGUCCCCCUUGUGACUUCAGUGCCUUGCUCAGUCGCCCUCGCAUCAAGCCUUCUUCAUACCUUGGACAGAGGUACAGCACUGGGGCCCCUGGUGGUUCCGGGGAGGGGGAAAGAGGAUGUGGGAUUUGCAGGGAGGUAGGGAGGCUGCCCACUGCUGCAGCCCUGCCUCUGGCUUCUGGCAGCCCCAGCCGGUGAGGCUCCUACGUCAGAUGACCGCUCUCUGCUUUCUCACUGUUGUCCCAUGUCUUCUCUCAGAGCUCGUCCCCAUAUAUUGUUGUUUCCCAUCCAAAUGAAAACCAGACAUUGCUUCCCGUCUGCCAUUGUGGCUUCUGCUCAGGAGGGCCUGCCCCGGGGUGGGCAGAGCAGGGAGGGCCCCUCCUGGCCAGGUUCCCCGGGGCUCAGGCCCUCCCCAAAGCCGCCCUGCUGAAAACUCAAAACAUCUGUGCUUACCUUUCUCCGGUUACCUGCCCUCUUGCUUAAGGACAAAGCAAAUUAAAUCAUCCUGCCGCCCCAGGCUCCAAAGCAAAUUCUGAAUGUGGAUU